GAACCAACUGAUCUUCCUCACAGAUCUCCUCUUUCAUGUUAUUAUCACCUCGAGUAAUUUUGCUCAUUCUUCUAAUCUCUUAUGUCCAUGCGUACCAAGCACCAUUUGAUUCGGACACUCCAAUUCCGUGUGAGCAUAUAUACAACCAUCCGGAUCAAUGCAGCUUUGUUAAACAGAAUUGCCAAGAAUACAGCACUGGAAUAGUCGAUUACCUGACCUUGUACUAUUGUUCUGGGCCCUAUAAACCGCUUAUUCUAAUUGCUCUGUUUUCCUUUCUCGCAUACUUGUUUGCCGCAAUCGGUGUAGUAGCUUCGGAUUUCUUCUGCCCCAAUCUGCAGACGAUCGCCUCCUCAUUGCAUUUAUCGGAGAGCUUGGCUGGAGUCACGUUCUUAGCAUUCGGAAAUGCAAGCCCAGAUUUGUUUACCACCUUCAGCGCUCUAAACUCUGGAUCAGGAUCGCUGGCAGUUGGUGAGCUCGUUGGAGCCGCCUUCUUUAUUGUGACAGUGGUUGCUGGCGGAAUGGCAAUAAUCCAACCAUUUCGAGCAAAACGUGUGGUGAUCCUUCGGGAUGUCACUUUUUUUACAGGAGCCGUCGCCAUCGUGGGUUGGAUUGUUUAUGACCAAAAGAUAUAUCUCUAUGAAGCAGUCGGCUUGAUCUUAUACUACGCAUUGUAUGUUGUAGUAGUUGUGGGCUCAAUAUGGUGGAAAAACAGGCGCAGACCCAAGGUUGUUAUUCAACCGGCUGAUGAGGCACCAGUCAGCCCACUCGUCGCUACAGAAAAUACACCCUUAAUCUCGAAAGAUUCUAUCAUCCCCACAACAGUUCAAAUAAGAAAAGCACCCAAGGUUGUUGUGUUUGAACCACCUCACGACCAAGAAGAUGUGGAUGACAGCGAGGAGGAAGAAGCCAGAGAACACGUUGGCCACCUUGGCCACAUUAUAAGACCAGUAUCACCGAAAAUGAUGCGUAGAAUAUCUCUGCGUAUCGAUACCAAUAACCUUCCUACAUCCGAUGGUUUACAUGCACCCGUCUCCUCCAAAUCAUAUCGUCCACCUUUAACGCCCCGUGUCGGUAUUCGACCAUCCAUUUUUGGUGCCAUCGAGUUUCGCAAUGCUUUAAAUGCUGCUCAGCAUGCAAAUAUGCAACUCAAGAACGAUUUGUUGGAAAGCAGGCACCGACGCAAUCAAUCCAUGCCAAGCUAUAUGUUUCCAGUACGAAGUGCAACAUCGCCUUCCGAUCUGGAAUCACAGACAUCUCAGUCGUCUGCCCAAAAACGAGCUAAUAAGCAUAAGCGGCCGUCGGAUCUUGCUGAUAUGGUCAUUUCGUCACAAGAGCAUAACCUGUCGCCUUCGUCAGAGGAAAGUAUAGGGGUAGCGGAAGACUACUUUGGUUCUGCCAAUCGAUUGACAUCACAUCAUCAAAAAAGCUCCCCACCAACUCAAUUCACGUCCCACAGCAACCACCUCAUCGACUCGCCCACAUACGGUCUAACACCUCCGCACAGAACAGAGGAUGGCAAUUUGCUACAUGCUAGUCCUCCUCACUCUCCGUCACUUGGACUUCAAAUUUCUACUGAUAAUCUGGCACCUGGAUAUUCUGCUCGCCCACCCGCCACAAGUCGUUCAGCAUCAGCUAUGUCCACGCGCAGUUCACCUUCCAUACGUUCAGUAAUGUCUGAGAUAACAGCUCAAGAAGAGCGCUCAAGCUUCCUGGCGAACACGAAAUGUGCCAAGAAAAUCAUUUUUUGCUGGCGCUCAUUUGAGAAAAGGCAUCAAGGAUUCUGCGAGAUCUUGUCUGAAGUUUGGCGAACACUAUUUCCAACAAUGCAAAAUUGGAAUACAAAGUCGAUCACAAAUAUUGCUAGCUCGAUUCUGGCCAUUCCAAUCGUCUUUCUAUUGGAAAUCACGUUACCUGUGGUCGAGGAUGACACAUUGCGAGUCGAUGAUAUGGUAAUAUCAGUAAAGACAGAUGACGAUCAGAGCUCAGAUACGCUUGGUGUAGAUGCCAAUGAAUUCAUGGAGGAUGUCAAUGAACUAGACGACCCCUUCGAGGAAACUGUAGAUCAGAAGUGGUUAAAGUGGCAGGUUGUUCUACAGUCAAUAUGCGCCCCGACAUUUGUUUCAUUGUCACUGUAUAUUAACGACGUCGUAGCUCUUAACGAUAUCAUGUACGGAGUCAUGGUUGGCGUUUGCUUAGCUCUCACAGUGAAUGCGUCUACCAAAAGCCAUAGUGCUCCACCGUGGAUCAAUUCUCUGGCAUUUGCUGGGUUUGUUGUUUCACUCAACUGGAUUUAUACUGUUGCAAAUGAGGUGGUUGGCCUUCUACAGGCUCUUGGUCUCAUUUUAGAUAUUAGUGGGGCAAUCCUGGGACUGACAGUGUUUGCAAUGGGCAACAGCCUUGGCGAUCUAGUUGCCAACAUAUCAAUGGCAAAGAUGGGUCUUCCUAACAUGGCGAUUAGUGCGUGCUAUGCAGGUCCCUUGCUGAACUUGGUACUAGGUCUUGGAUGUGCUGCGACUUAUCGAGUAUGGGUUACUGGAGAAACCUAUGAGCUGGAACUUGCCCCUACUAUCAUAAUAUCUUCUAUUGGUUUAUUACUUGUCUUAAUGACCGCCAUUGUGGUCACUUACUUUAAUCAUUACAGAAUUGAUAAGUGGAUUGGGAUGAUGUGGAUCGGUAUAUACAUAAUCACAACUUCUUUCAGUAUUUUUAUGGAAGUACAGAAAGAGUAAAUGCAUCUCAAAAGAACUGGCUUUAUUAAGAGCAAUCCUCGGUGAAAUUUGUAUACCACCGUAUACUUUGUACAUAUUCAAAUUGAACCGCUUUAAUAAAGAUUAUAUAUAAUCUUGUUCUACA